ACCCAUUUUUAGCACAGUCUGGCAACACUAACAUGCCUUUAUAUUCGCUGACUCAUUUAUAACCUAAAUAAUUACGUUCAGUUAUCAAUUAAUAUAGUCAAUUAAAAUGCAAUUCGUAUUUGUGAUAUCGUUAAUCAUAACGCUUGUUUGUGCUACCGUUUUUUUUUUUUUUUUUUUUUAGCGCGUUAAUACCCACAGACAAGCUAUUUAGUUGCAGCCCAAGGUCAUGGACAAAUCAAAAGUAACGGACGCCAAGCACGCAGCGCGCCAAGACCCAUUAAGAUAGAGAGCGUCAAAAUUUCUGGCCAAGAAUUGCGCAUGCGCAACAUGGACAGCAUUGUCUUUGUCCAUCGCCAGUCGUUGACUUGGCCAGCCGCGGCGCGUGCUCCGCAUAGCUAAAUAGCUGCCCAACAACGGCCCCAAAAUUGAAAAGCGUAAGUGUUGGCCGUCUGAGGUUUGGCUAUAAAAGCACCGCGUCGUCUUCCAAUUGACAUCACAAAUCAACUGGUCAUUCACUAGCUGACAACAAAUCCAAAACAACCAAAAAACCAAACAUGAAUUUCUUCGCCGUCUGCUUGUUCGCUGUUGUGGCUGUGGCUGCUGCCAAGCCCGGCAUUGUGGCUCCUUUGGCCUACACCGCACCAGCUGUCGUCGGCAGCGCCGCCUACGUGGCACCCUAUGCCUCCAGCUACACCGCCCACCAGGUGGCCCAUAGCGCCGCCUUCCCAGCUGCCUACACUGCACCCAUCGCCGCCGCCGCCUAUACUGCUCCAGUUGCUGCCGCCUAUACCGCUCCAGUUGCCGCCGCCUACACCUCACCCUUUGCCGCCGCCUACACCGCGCCCAUCGCCCGCUAUGCCGCUGCAGCUCCUCUGGCCUACAGCGCUCCAUUUGCUGCUCCUUAUGUGGCUCGUCCCUAUGCCGCCGCUCCCCUGCUGCUGAAGAAGUAGACUGUGUGCAUAAAUCAUGGAAAUAGUGCGACAUGUUUUUAGACCAUGGGCAUAUAUUUCGCAUACCUGCACCUCCAAUCCAUCCUCCCCCCUCUUGUGAUUUUGUUUACGACAUAAAAUAAAAGUUUAAGUUUCAUUGAAA